AUGCAAAGGAGAAAUUUUAGGUCAACUACUCUAUUUCAUCGAAAUUUGGUCGAUUAUAUUAACAAUAAUCAGAAUCUGUGGAAAGCUGAAAUAAAUAAACGCUUUGUAUCGCUCAAAGCAAUUGAUUUACUUCGUUUUCUUGGAACUAAUAGGCUUGGAACUAAUAAGCAAAAAAUAAAACACACAGCUCGUGAAGAAAAUUAUUAUGCUAAAACCGAAAUUCCUGAAUCAUUCGAUGCUCGAGAACAGUGGCCUUUAUGUAAUUCAAUUGGAAAAAUACAAGACCAGUCGACUUGCAGUAACCGAUCCUGCUGGGCAAUUGCCGCCGUCGAAGCGAUGUCCGAUAGAAUUUGUAUAGCCUCGAACCAAACGAAACAGGUUAUGCUUUCGGCCAGAGAUCUCCUCAGCUGUUGCAGUAAAUGUUCGAAUGGUUGUAGUGAUGCUGGUGAUCCGAUCGCUGCUUGGGAAUAUUGGAACACUGAAGGCAUUGUAACUGGAAGCGAUUUUGCGUCUAACGCUAGUUGUCUGCCUUAUCCUUUCCCUGAAUGUGAUCACUUUAAUCAGAGCAUUUACCACCCCUCGUGCGGUCCGGAAAUUUAUCCUACACUUAACUGCAUAUCUGAAUGCUCAGAAAAUUACUCGAAAUCAUAUGCAGAUGAUAAAUACUACGGCUUCUCUCCCUAUUUAUUACCUCGAAAUGUAACUCGCAUCCAGCUCGAAAUAAUGAACAAUGGUCCUGUUGAAGCUGUUCUUAAUGUUUAUAGUGAUUUCAUGAGCUACGAAAAGGGAAUUUACAUGCACGUAAUCGGUGAUGCACUCGGUGGCCAUUCCGUUAAAAUUAUCGGCUGGGGCGUUGAAAAUUCGAUUUCUUAUUGGCUAAUUGUAAAUUCUUGGAAUGGAGAAUGGGGCGAAAACGGCUUAUUCCGCAUGUUGCGUGGAACGAAUGAAUGCGGAAUCGAAGAAAAUGUCGUAGCUGGUAUCCCAGACUUUUCGAGAUAG